UGUUUGCCAUAAAGCCGAGGAAGAAGCAGCAGACGAAGAAGAAGAAGAAGCAGAAGAAGCAAAAGAAGAAGUGAAACCUGUUUGUUCUUGUUCCAGCUCUAAAUCUUUGUUCUCUUGGCUCGUGUUGUUGUGUGAAGAUGCCGGUGUGUAGUUACUUCCUCGAGGGAAGAUGUCGAUAUGGAGAUAAAUGCUGGAAUGAACACCCGAGAGGAGGGAGAAACCAAACCGCCCGCGGCGGGGGAGGCUCAGUGAACCGGGUGUGGGUGAACCCAUCUCAGCGCUCGGGGGGAGGCGUGGUCCAGCCCUCGUCUUUCUCCCGCGGAGGAGGGGAUUGGGGCAGAGAGAACAGCGGAACAGGGAGAGAUGACCGGAGUUCUAACUUCAGCUUCAACACACAGAACCGGUUCUCCACCCUGAACAACACGCAGAGCGGAUACAGGAGAACCGGAGGAGGAGGUGGAGGUGGAGGAGGACAUGGAGGAGCAGACGACACGGAUCAACAGCUAGAGGUGAUUGAGAAGGACAUGGAGGUGUGGCAGAGCUCAGGACAGUGGCUCUUCUCCUGCUACUCCGCCCUCAAAGCCUCCAUCACAGGGUUUGUGGAGCUCUCUCCAGAGGAACUGAGAAUGGAGUACUACACCAGCAGAGCCACUGGAGACCUUCAGUCCUACGUUAAUUCAGUCCAGCAGCUGGUUAAUCAGUGGAGAUCCAGAGUUCAGGAGCUGACAAGCAUGAGCGCUAACACACGUGCUGCCAUGAUAGCAGAGCUGAACAAUCCGAGAGCACAGACGUCCUCCGGUGGAGGGAUUUUCAGUUCUUCAUCAUCAUCCUCCUCAACAACAGGGUUUGAAUCUUCAUCAACAACAUCUGGAUUUGGAUCUUCAUCAUCAACAGGGUUUGGAUCUUCAUCAGCAACAUCUGGGUUUGGAUCUUCAUCAUCAACAGGGUUUGGAUCUUCAUCAACAUCAUCUGGGUUUGGAUCUUCAGCAACAUCUGGGUUUGGAUCUUCAUCAGCAACAUCUGGGUUUGGAUCUUCAUCAACAUCAUCUGGGUUUGGAUCUUCAUCAACAACAUCUGGGUUUCGAGUAGGAGGAUUUGGCUCGAGUGUUCAGAGUGCUGCCGGGUUUAGCUUCUCUGCGUCCAGUCCUGGGUUCGGAUCAACCGGGUCUCAGCCAGCUUCAUCUGGGUUCGGCUCAUCGGCUCCCUCCGCGUCCUCCUUCUCCUUCACUGAUCCUGCAGGAGCGACGGCGAGUAAAAGCUCCGCCGCAGGCUUCAGCUUCUCCUCCGCGUCUGCGGGAGGCCCCGGCGGCUCGUCCGCUGCUCCGGGCGGCGGGAGUUUUGGUGGGUUUGGCGGUGGAGCGAGUGCGAGCGGGAGUGCAGAGGACAGGAAGAGUGGAGGAGACAGCUUGUACACUCCUCAGAGUGAGCUCACACCGGACGAGCUCCGAGAGUUCACUGCUAAACGAUUCACGCUGGGACAGAUUCCUCUCAAACCUCCGCCCGCAGAGCUGCUCACUGUCUGACCUCUGACCCUGAAACGAAGGGUCGGUUACUGAUAGUAAAUCAGUUCCUUCCUGUAAACUUUAAACGUGUGUCGAUUUGGGGAAAAUACCGUCCCAGUCUCACUUCAGACUCAGCGGACUUACGGACUUUCAGAGCAGUUUUAUAAUAAAUAUAUGAAACAUUAA